AUGCGAGGUGCCUCUACCCCAUCAGGCGGCGGUGCGGGGAAAGGAGCGGGAGAAGCAAGCGCUGGGUUGCUGUCGAAGACUAAAGCGGCAUCAGCUGCGCAAGGCGGUGGUGCUGGCCUUGCUGUCGGGCUUGUGGGAAAUUGGGCGUCUUCCUCGACCCCUCCAGUUGCUCCUGUCGCCGCUGCUCCGUCCCUAGGCAACGUUUGCCUUAGCGAUCCGGGCUCUCCUUCAACGUCGAAGAAGAAGCCGGCUGCGACGAAGUCGUCGAAGCGCGCUGCACAUGCGACAGAGAGCCUUGACGUGGUGGAGCUGGCCAGCGUCUCUGGUCAGGCGCCUGUCGAGAAGACCUCUAUUGUCGUUGCUGCUCGACAGGAAAAGGCGAAGAAGGCCAGGGUCACGGGUCACACCCCACCUCCUCGACCGGACGACCAAGGCAAGACGAGAGGCUGCAAACGUCCGUUCAAAGGACCGGGUUUCGGGUUGCGGAAGGGGAAGCCGGUUUCCGAGCAGACCGUCGGCGGGAGGAAGCGGUUCCUUGGCACUUUUGAAACAGAGAAGGACCAGAAAGUCUGUACGGCCGUCUGCUGGCGCGUGUACUUCCCCGACGUUGUCCUUACGGAGUACGAAGGGUACACGGCGCAGGAUGAGGAGGACUGGAAUGACUACCUCGAUGCGGCCGCAGAAAUGCCAACCGGCGUUUGGAGCGUGGCGCAAGAACAAGGGGAAUGUCGUUUCGACGAUUACCAGUCGCUGUUGGCGACGGCAAAAAAGGAAGUGAAAGCUGGAACCAAGAGGGGAAUCGCGCUGUGCGUGGCGAUUGGUAAGGUCGCGACGCUUGGCCUGAAGCACGGGAAUCUGAUUUACCCGGUCCCGAAGGGCAUGGCGGCGACACCGCACAUGAUGGCCAUCGCAGCAACUGUGGCGAGCUUGUGGGCGGCCUGCAGGAAGUUGUCGAGGGAGGAUAUUAAGAAGGAUGCCCUAGCUGCCGCAAACGCGGCAAUCUACGCCCCGGAGACUGCAAAGAAGGCUUGUGUGGCUGCCAUGUCCGCACUCGUGUCCAUACUUUUGCACGUCGGCAAGACGUUCCCGGCGAAGCAGUGGCCCGAUCACCUGUUUUCGUCGGCUGUCGAAGGUCUCGGCUCGACGGACGCCAUACUGCUGCAGAUGCUGCGCGUGGCAGCACAGCAGGGCGCACAAGGGCGCAGGCAGCAGCAGAGCGCACGAGGGCGCAGGCAGAGCAGAGCGCACAAGGGCGCGGGCAGCAGCAGGGCGCACGAGGGCGCGGGCAGCAGCAGGAGCGCACGAGGGCGCAGGCAGAGCAGAGCGCACAAGGGCGCGGGCAGCAACGGGCGGCAACGGGCAGCACAGGCACGGGCAGCAACGGGCGGCAACAGGCAGCACAGGCACGGGCAGCAACGGGCGGCAACAGGCAGCACAGGUACGGGCAGCAACGGGCGGCAACGGGCAGCGCAGGCACGGGCAGCAACCGGCGGCAACGGGCGGCACAGGCACGGGCAGCAACGGGCGGCACAGGCACGGGCAGCAACGGGCGGCAACAGGCAGCACAGGACACGGGCAGCAACAGGCAGCACAGGCACAAGCAGCAACAGGCAGCAACGGGCAGCACAGGCACGGGCAGCAACAAGCAGGCAACGGGCAGCACAGGCACGGGCAGCAACGGGCGGCAACGGGCAGCACAGGCACGGGCAGCAACGGGCGGCAACAGGCAGCACAGGCACGGGCAGCAACAGGCAGCAACGGGCAGCACAGGCACGGGCAGCAACGGGCGGCAACAGGCAGCACAGGCACGGGCAGCAACGGGCAGCACAUGCACGGGCAGCAACAGGCGGCAACGGGCAGCACAGGCACGGGCAGCAACAGGCGGCAACGGGCAGCACAGGCACAGGCAGCAACGGGCGGCAACAGGCAGCACAGGCACGGGCAGCAACAGGCAGCAACGGGCAGCACAGGCACGGGCAGCAACGGGCGGCAACAGGCAGCACAGGCACGGGCAGCAACGGGCGGCAACAGGCAGCACAGGCACGGGCAGCAACGGGCAGCACAGGCACGGGCAGCAACGGGCGGCAACGGGCAGCACAGGCACGGGCAGCAACAGGCAGCAACAGGCGGCACAGGCACAGGCAGCAACAGGCAGCAACGGGCAGCACAGGCACGGGCAGCAACAGGCGGCAACGGGCAGCACAGGCACGGGCAGCAACAGGCGGCAACGGGCAGCAGAGGCACGGGCAGCAACGGGCGGCAACAGGCAGCACAGGCACGGGCAGCAACAAGUAG